AGAUGCAGGUUUUCUCCUUGAGAUCUCGGAGUUUUAUGUGGUCCAAAGCCCUCCAGGUCCUUUAGAAAACGAAAUUCAACCAUCAAUCAUAGUGUGCUGUCUCUCUGUCUGUCUGUCUCUGUCUAUCUGUCUCUGUCUCUGUCUGUCUGUCUGUCUGUCUGUCUGUCUCUCUCUCUCUCUCACACACACACACACACACACACACACACACACACACACACACACAGUUUUUCUUUCCCUCUUCAUCGCUAUGGAGAACCGCAGCAAAGUUGACAGCCCCACCAACAUGUCCCUGGUGGCCAGUGACACUGUCCUGGGCUUGAUCGAGUACAAGACUGUUUCUGUCUUUUUGGUGCUGCUGAUCUGUGGGGUGGGCAUCAUCGGCAACAUGAUGGUGGUACUAGUUGUGCUGACUACCCGAGACAUGCGGACGCCCACCAACUGCUACCUGGUCAGCCUGGCCUUGGCUGACCUCAUGGUUCUCCUGGCGGCUGGACUGCCCAAUGUCUCUGACAGUCUUGCUGGGCAGUGGAUCUACGGGCAUGCGGGCUGCCUUUGCAUCACCUAUUUUCAGUACCUCGGAAUCAACGUCUCUUCUUGUUCCAUAAUGGCAUUCACGGUGGAGAGGUACAUAGCUAUCUGCCAUCCCAUAAGGGCCCAGACAGUGUGCACGGUAUCCCGGGCAAAGCGCAUCAUCACUGGGGUCUGGGCGGUCACAUCAGUCUACUGCAUGCUCUGGUUCUUCCUGGUUGAUACCAACAUCACUAAGAGCCAAAGUCUGGAGUGUGGCUACAAGGUUUCCCGGAACCUCUACUUGCCCAUCUACCUGCUGGACUUUGCUGUUUUUUUUGUCACCCCCUUGGUGGUGGCCACUGUCCUCUAUGGACUGAUUGGGAGGAUACUCUUCCUGAGUUCCCUUUCCCACCUACCCAACUGUGCAGGCACAGAGGGCUGCUCAGAGGGGCGUACCCCAGAGAGGGGACAAGGUACCAAAGCAGAGCAGGGCAAGUCUGGUGGUCGCUCUCGAACCAAAGGGGCCCUGUCUUCCAGGAAGCAGGUCACCAAGAUGCUGGUUGUGGUUGUAGUGCUCUUUGCUGUCCUGUGGAUGCCCUACAGGACCCUGGUACUAGUGAAUUCCUUUAUGGACCAUCCAUACCUUGACCCCUGGUUUCUUCUAUUCUGCCGAACCUGUGUCUAUGCCAACAGCGCCAUCAACCCCAUCAUUUACAACCUCAUGUCCCAGAAGUUCCGAUCGGCCUUUAGGAGGUUGUGCAAUUGCCCUGAGGAAGACCCCCAACGGCGAAUGGUCUACCUGACCACCACUAGCUACAGUGUAGUACAUGAAUCCUUCCAAGCCAAGCCCAGGGCCUUGGGCAAGAAGCAAGGGAAAGCUCAACCACCCUUGGAGCAGGAGCGGGGGGCUGAGAGUCCCCAGCCAGCUGGCCAGCCAGCAUGUCAAGAAAAGCCAUAUUUCAGUGUGGUCUAAUACCAUCCUGUUGCCUCCUUCCCUUGCUUUCUCCUCUUUCUCUUAUAACCCCUGCAUGAUUGAGUUCUUCUACAGUUCUAUGUUUCUUUAGCCUCUAAAGACCCUCCAAGUGAACAAAAGAAGUAUGUGACAAGAUGAUGAAGAGCUAUCACCUUAACAAUGGAUGGGCCAAUCUUAACAGAGACGUGCUUUCUCACUAAAAGACUGGAGAGCCUGGUGGGCCACUCUGAGUACCACUCUGGAUACUUAGUGAUACGGUCAAGAAUAUGGGGACAUAAGAUAUUCCAUAUGAAGAAGGGACUGGGAGUGAAUGCAGGCAAAGUCGACCACAUCUUGGUCAUUUUCCACUUUUCCAAGUACGCAGAGACUCUGGGCCCUCCAAUGAAUCUUCUUCCCAAGGUUAAUGACCCUUCAAGAAAAGGAUAGACUUCAGCUAUGUGGAAAAUAACUGGAUAAAUGGAAUUGACUAUAUUGUGGUACAGAAAAAUGGGCCUUUGCUUGCUGUUAGACCUGAUAUACACAAUUCCCAAAAUGAAGUCUCUUUGAAUGGAAAAAAAAAAAAGGUAAAACUACAAUGACAAAUAGCAGACGGCAGUGCUCAGAUUUUCUGCUAACUAGAUUUGGGGAAACACUUUUCAGACCAAUAUAGGACAUUAUAUAAGGGAUAUUUAAAAAGGAGCAUGAUGAUUAAUGUCUUCAAUAUAGCCUUUUAUAUACUGAGUUGUGGAGGUUUUUUUGAAAAGUAUUAAUUCUAGGCCCUGUCCCAAAGAAGCUAGCAAUCUAAUGAGGUCAGGGUUCAGUUUUGAGAUAAAUAUUUGAUAUUUCUGUAGCACAGAUCUUACAUAAUUGUGAUACCCCUCUAUAUGUCAGAUUCAGUGGAGUGACUAGGGUAAUCAAAGUUAUGCAAAUAUAAUAUGACUCAAGAACUCUGCUAGGGCAUUCUUCUACCACUUAUCAAAUAGCAAAGCAUUUAACUGGGAUAAGAUAUCCAGGUAAAUAACAAGAGAAAAUCAAAUAACAGAAUUAUUUUAAGUCCCUCUCUCCAAUAGAGAACAGGCUCCCACAGACCCCCACAGCAGAGCAGGAGCAAGAACAAGCUUCCCUGGCACUGUCAUCUGCUGCUGAAGCUGCUAUUCCCUUCUCCACCAAGCUGUCAUCUGAUGUUAUAAUGAUUCUUCCUCAAAAGAUAGAAGGAGAAAAAAUUAUUCAUCUUGUGUGAGACCGGGCAGGCUAACCUGUCUCAAGGGCCAAUCACAUUCUCAGCACUUUCUUUAAAAAUGCCUCACCACACCAGAAUGAUAUGCAAAAGUAUUGCUUGGGCAGCUAUAACUCUUUAUAUAUGUGGUUGUGUGUGUAUAUACACAGACACACAGACACACACACACAUAUAUAUAUAUAUAUAUAUAUAUAUAAUAUGUUAUUUUUCAAGAUGUAUUUUUCUUUUUCAUUUUCCCACAUGGAAAAUUCCCCCAGGCCUCACUCCCAUUUGGGUUGGAGUAAGUCAAUUCAUUUCAAAUCCCAGCAUGCCCCUCUCUGCUAGUGCUAUCUAAAUUUCUCUGAAGUUUGGAAAAGCCUCAAUGAGGCAUUUAACAACAUUGGAGGGGAAAGGACGGGGCUUUGGAGUUUUGCACUUCCUUCCUGCCACUGAGGCAAAGAUCUCUGUGUCCCUUACACUUUCUUAAAGCAGAUGGAACAAGAAUGUGGCAUGAUGGAAAGAUGUGACUGGGAAUCACAAGGGCUGAGUUUUAGUCCUUACUCCACUACUACCUAGCUAUGUGACCCUGGGCUAAUCACUAAACUCUUCUAAAUCUCCAUUUUCCCAUCUGUAAAAUGAAGGGAUUAGAUAAAAUGACUUUUUAAGAGCCCUCCCUUUGCAAAUAUUUGAGCUUAUCCGUGAGUCCUAGACUUGGAAGGAUGGAACUCUGAAGCAGGGCUCUAUUUGGGGCGGAUCACAGAAUUCCUUGGAAAAGGAGCUAAUGUCGAAGUUGGGAGUGAGGUGGAAAGCUAGUCAAAGGGGGCUGGAAAGACAUUCUAUCCCCUAUACCUAAUCUUUUGGGCUAGGAAUCUCCUUUCUCCCUUUGUGCUCAGAGCUGUACAUGUGAGAUACAUCCCCUCCACCCCCAACCCCCCACCAGGCUGCUGAGGAACACAAGGAAGGGAUGUUUGCCUACUUGCCGGAUUGAAAAGGCUGAGCCCCUGGUAGGAGCCCAGUGGCGCCAUGGAAGGCCAGGGGCAGCAGCUAGAAGAGCUGGUUCCCAGGCUGAUGAAGCAGUCCAGCAAGCUUUGAGCUGGGAAGGUGCAGGCUACUGAAGGAAGGUAAGAGGAAAUAUGGACUCCUUGGGUCUGUCACACUUAAAAGGGUUGGGUUAACCAGGCUCCACAUCUUCAUCUAAUGGAAUUGAAUUUGACUCAAUUUAGUAAAAUUUAAUAAUUUAUAUUAGGCACUUGCUACUUGGAAGACCCUUAAAGAUAUAAGUGAACAAUUCUAGCCCUCCAAAAAUUCAAGUUCUCCUGGGAGAGAACUUUCUCCAAUUCCAAGAUCCUGUUUUUCUAGGGAAGCUGUUUUUUCUGAAGCUUCGCUGCUGGGCAAAGAUUCCUGGGACUCAAACUAUAACUACCCAGAAAAAGGAUACAACUAAAUGCUUCCUCUUCGUGACCCCAUUUGGGGUUUUCUUGGCAGAGACGCUGGAGUGGUUCAGCAUUUCCUUCUCCAGCUAAUUUUAUAGAUAAGGAAAUUGAGACAAACAGGGUGAAGUGACUUGCCCAGGGUCACAUAACUAGUAAGUACCUGAGGCUGGAUUUGAACUCAGGAAGAAGAGUCUUUCAGACUCCAGGCCAGGCAUUCUAUCCACUGAGCAAUCUAACUGUUCUUCCCCUAUGCUUGGCCAUAGAUAAAUGUCCAAUUAUCCUCUGGGAGUGCUCACUCUGCAUGAGACCUUGCCUUCCCUCAGAAAUAGAUUGACAGUUUUACACUUCAACUUUUCCAUGAGGAGUUGAUGUUUAAUUAGUUUAAAAUAGUGCAAAUAAUGAAUCUCCUUGAAGUAUGGCACUUCUUAUUUGAAUUAACCCUUCAUAUUUUCAUUAGGCUGCAACCAAUUAGUGCUCGUUCAAAUACAUAAGGACCAUUUCACAGGAUUCCUUAUGUGAAUCUAUAGCUGUGCUUCAUAGGUCGGCCUUUCUUCCUUCUGCUGCUGUUUGUUGCUUCUCCAUCAGCUCAGUGGGAAGGAGGAACCAAAACAGAUGGAAACUCAGAUUUUAGAGGCUGUGUCUGGUCAGAGAGAUCCUGCAGCUUCUCAACUUCUCCCCUCAUCACCGAAGAGUAUGGUACAGUAUAGCGGAAAUGAGCGCUGGGUUUGGCAUUAGAGAUAGUGAGGUGGCAAAAUAUAUAGAAUGUUGGUCUUGGACUCAAAUUCAGUCUCAGACACUAGCUGUGUGGCCCUGGGCAAGUCAGCUAAUAUCUGUCACUCAGUUUUCUUAUCUGUAAAAUGGAGAUGAU